AGCCCUCCACCCUAGGCACUUCCCCUUCCCGCUUCCAAAUACCCAACUCGGUUGUUGACUUUCACCACCGCCAUUGCACCGACAGCUUCACGUAACGGAGGUUCGCCAUAGCUCCCGAGCGGCAAUUGGUGCUUGCUGACUGAUUUUUUUGCCCUGCCUGGCAGGUAUUAAGGAUCUAUCGAUCCGCUACAUAAUCACUCCCUCAUACGCGAUCUCGUAUCUAGUGCUAGGGAUGAAGUUUUCUCCAUUCCUCCUCGUGCUGCUCCGCAGCUCUCGAGCCCUGGGAUCCGAGUUGCAAAAGCAUCUCGAGGCCGACGCACCGCCCUACCGCGACGACCUCGUAUCCCUCCACAAAUCCCUCGUCGAUAUCGCCUCUAUCAGCGGUGAGGAGAACGAGGUCGGUAACUUCCUCGUCGACUAUCUCACCGCCCGCAACUUCGUGGUCCAGCUUGAGUUCGUGCCUCCGCUGGCCGGCGAGCCCAACGGCACCAGCAAACCCCGCUUUAACGUCCUCGCCUGGCCCGGGCCGGACCGCCACCCGUCGCCGAAGGUCCUCGUCACAAGCCACAUCGACGUUGUUCCACCCUACAUCCCGUACUCGCGCUCGGGCGCCCCCGACGAUCCGCUGACGAGGGACACCGUGUUCGCGGGCCGCGGCAGCGUCGACGCGAAGGCCAGCGUGGCGGCGCAGAUUACGGCGCUGCGGGCCCUCGUCGACGGCGGCGCCGUCGCCCCGAGCGACGCGAUGCUGCUGUACGUGGUGGGCGAGGAGCGCUCCGGCGACGGGAUGCGGUACUUCUCGGAGACGCGGGGGUCGCUGUCGCCGCCGCCGGACUUCGGCGCGGCCAUCUUCGGCGAGCCGACCGAGGGCCAGCUCGCCUGCGGCCACAAGGGUAUCUUCGCGUGCGACAUCACGGCGCGCGGCCGCGCCGGCCACAGCGGCUACCCCUGGCUCGGCCGCAGCGCCAUCGAGGUCCUGGUGCGCGCGCUCGUGAAGGUGCUCGACGCCGACCUCGGCAGCAGCGACGACUUCGGCAACACCACCGUCAACGUCGGCGUCAUCGAGGGCGGCGUCGCGCUCAACGUCAUCCCCGAGAGGGCCGUCGCGCGCAUCGCCGCCCGCGUCGCGAUCGGCCCCGAGCUCGGCGGCGGCGCCAUCGCGGCUAGCCGCUUGCAGGAGAUCCUGCGGGGCGUCGACCCGGACGCGUUCGACGCCGACUGCAAUACCGGGUACGGCGUGGUCGCGUGCGACUGCGAAGUCGAGGGUUUCGAGACGACCAUCGUCAACUACGGGACCGACGUGCCCAAUCUGAAGGGCAACCACACGCGAUACCUGUAUGGCCCGGGGAGCAUUCUGGUUGCACACGGUGCGGAUGAGGCGAUCACGCUCGGAGAACUGGAAGACGCGGUGGAAGGCUAUAAGAAACUGAUCCUGCACGCGAUUGGGAGCUAAAUCGCCCUCUUACGGACGGACGCUGGAGACGCGAAAAGGCACCUUUAUGAUUCUUUGCUUUUGCCGCUAACUCGCACACUCGAUAGGAUAUACCCCAUA